GGGACAGCAGCAGUGAUCUCAAACCCGUUCCCCUCUUGUGUUGCAACUGAUGUUCGACUGAACACGUAUGGCUCCUCCUCUUCCUUUGAUAUUUCUGCUCAUGAUUGCAGCAGGGGUUUAUAGUGAUGAUGAUUGGGGUGUGAGUUACAGCUCUAAAUACAUCUGUGCACUAAAGGGGUCAUCAGUGAUAAUGUCCUGCACUUAUAAAUACCCUCCUGGAUAUAAGAUCCUGAAAGUGUUCUGGACCAAAACUGAUGUUAGAAAUGAAUAUAAUGAGUUUCCAGAUCUGAAUACUGACCCUGAAUACAGUCAGAGGAUUCAGUAUCUGGGAGAUAAACAGCAGAACUGCACCAUCAGACUGAAUGAUGUGACACAGAAGGAUUCACACAAGUACUAUUUCAGAUUCAUUACUGAUAAACCUGAUGGAAGAUGGAUUGGUAAACCUGGAGUGACUCUUGAUAUCACAGAUCUUCAUGUGGAGUCUCCUGAGAGCGUGACAGAGGGAGAUACAGUCAGUCUGACAUGUAAAAGCACCUGUAAUCUGUCUGACAGAACAACAUUCAUCUGGUGGAAAAACACACAGUCAUUAACUGAGAGAAACAAUAAACUCCUCCUGCAGUCAGUCAGAAGAGAGGAUGCAGGCAGAUAUAGCUGUGCUGUACACGGACACAAUCUCACAUCACCUCAUGUUUAUCUCAAUGUUAAAUAUUCUCCAAAGAAUGUCUCAGUGUCCAUGAGUGGAUCUGGUGAAAUAGUUUUGGGUGAUUCAGUGAAUCUGACCUGCAGCAGUGAUUCAAACCCACCUGUUCUGAACUACACCUGGUUUAAGGAGAAUGAAAGUUCAUCUGUUGGAUCGGGACAGAGUUACAGUGCACUACAGAGUGGAUUCUUCUACUGUGUGGCUCAGAAUCAACAUGGAUCUCAGAGAUCAGCUGCUGUAUCAGUGACAGUCCGAUAUAGAUCUGGUUGGCAUGUAGUGUUGGGGAUCAUGAUGGGAUGUGGAGGAUUAUUCAUCAUCAUCAUCAUCAUCAUUUUGUUUAAAAUGAAAAAGCGUGCAGGUGUUAAAAAUGAAAACCUCUCAGGAAAUCAGGAUCAGAUCUAUUGUGAUGUGAUAGAGAGAGUUUCUGUCCAUGAUGCUCCUCUUUCUGAAAGUGAAACAUCGGAUCAAAAUGAUUCUCAGUACGCCAGUAUUAAACCCAAGAGACUCAGAGGAAAUCUGACCGCUGGAAAAGCUCCUGAAUACACUGCAGAGAUUGAGUAUGCAACGGUCCAACAUCACAAACACAAAGAGAAGAAAAGAACAGAAGAACAUGAAACCCAGAAUGACAGGAGAUCAGAUAUGCAGACUGUUGAAGAGGACUCAGUGAUCUACAGCAGUCAUGAUGAAGCUAACAAGCUCAAACGUGUGAGUAGUAAAGAGCGUCUUGCAGAAGAACUGGAUUUUGGUGAGCCAUUUACACCUCUCGGUCUCUCCUCCGGGACAUCGGUUAAUAGUCCAGCGUUAAAGAAAUCUAAAGCUGAUGUCUCGUUACAUGAGCUUCAAGAGAACAUCAUCACAGCCCUCAACAAGAGAACAGACUCCCCUGAAGAAAUUAUCAAAACAAAUUCAAACACCACUGAAGAGCUGGAAUCAUCCCUCCUUUUUGUCAAUGCAGAAAUUGUUGAAUUACGAAGUGUAAAGGGUGUGGACACUUCCAUGCUGCGUAGGGCUAUCUGGAACUAUAUCCACUGCAUGUUUGGCAUACAUUACGAUGAUUAUGACUACGGUGAAAUUAACCAACUGCUAGACCGCGGUUUUAAAGUCUACAUCAAAACUAUGGUGUGCAGUACAGAGAAGAUCACCAAAAGGAUGUAUGAGAGCUUCUGGAGGCAGUUCCAGCACUCUGAGAAAGUCCAUGUGAAUUUGCUUCUUAUGGACGCCAGCAUGCAGGCAGAACUGCUCUACGCUCUGAGAGCGAUCACUACGCUUCAUGAUAUGAAUAUGGCUCCUCCUCUUCCUUUGAUAUUUCUGCUCAUGAUUGCAGCAGGGGUUUAUAGUGAUGAUGAUUGGGGUGUGAGUUACAGCUCUAAAUACAUCUGUGCACUAAAGGGGUCAUCAGUGAUAAUGUCCUGCACUUAUAAAUACCCUCCUGGAUAUAAGAUCGAGAAAGUGUUCUGGACCAAAACUAUUGAAAAGGAUGUAGAGCCUCAAGAUCUGUUUAAUGACCCUGAAUACAGUCAGAGGAUUCAGUAUCUGGGAGAUAAACAGCAGAACUGCACCAUCAGACUGAAUGAUGUGACACAGAAGGAUUCACUCGAGUACUAUUUCAGAUUCAUUACUGAUAAACCUGAUGGAAGAUGGACUGGUUAUCCUGGAGUGACUCUUAAUAUCACAGAUCUUCAUGUGGAGUCUCCUGAGAGCGUGACAGAGGGAGAUACAGUCAGUCUGACAUGUAAAAGCACCUGUAAUCUGACUGACAGAACAACAUUCAUCUGGAGGAAAAACACACAGUCAUUAACUGAGAGAAACAAUAAACUCCUCCUGCAGUCAGUCAGAAGAGAGGAUGCAGGCAGAUAUAGCUGUGCUGUACACGGACACAAACUCACAUCACCUCAUGUUGAUCUCAAUGUUAAAUAUCCUCCAGAGAUUCCUGUAAUCUUCAUCAGUACAUCUGGUGAAAUAGUUUUGGGUGAUUCAGUGACUCUGACCUGCAGCAGUGAUUCAAACCCACCUGCACAAAUCAGCUGGUUUAAAGGGUUAACAUAUAUUGGAUCUGGAGAAAUCUACAGCAUCACAAGUAUCCGCUCUGAUCACAGUGGAGAAUACAAGUGCAAGUCCAGAAAUGAAGUUGGAGAGAAAUACUCUGAUACUGUCACUUUAAAUGUCAUGUACUCACCCAGGAAUGUCUCAGUGUCCAUGAGUGGAUCUGGUGAAAUAGUUUUGGGUGAUUCAGUGACUCUGACCUGCAGCAGUGAUUCAAACCCACCUGUUCUGAUCUACACCUGGUUUAAGGAGAAUGAAAGUUCAUCUGUUGGAUCGGGACAGAGUUACAGUGCACUACAGAGUGGAUUCUUCUACUGUGUGACUCAGAAUCAACAUGGAUCUCAGAGAUCAGCUGCUGUAUCAGUGACAGUCGGUUAUAGAUCCAGUUGGUAUAUAAUGUUGGGGGUCAUGAUGGGAUGUGGUGGAACAAUCAUCAUCAUCUUCAUCAUCUUCAUCAUCCUGUUUAUAAUUAAGAGAGAAAGAAUGAACAGAAGAUCUGCUAUAAAGGAGAAUGAGACUGCUGAUCGCUGUGAUGACACAUACACAACUCUUGAUCUCAAGACCAGAUCUUCUGAUGAUGUGUACAACACAAUCACACCCAACAGGAAGAUGAUGCAAUAAGAGGCGGAGCACAACCAAUCAAAUCCCUUCAUGACUUCUGUGGGUGGAGCUACGGAUGAUUGACAGGGAUCAUAAUAAGUUACUAAAGUGUUAUAUUUGUUCUUCUUUAAAGCUUAUGAAGUCUGAUAUAUCAGUGGACAUAAAUAAAAAUAAGUUCUGUGUAAAAGUUGCUGAUACACACAUGUGUCCAAAUAAAUCAGAGGAUUAAAACAACUCCUGAAGUGAUGUUCAAUAGGAUACAAACUCACUGCUGUGACAUUUCACUGUUUACAGAAGACGUCAUUUUACCCUAAAUACAGAAAAAUCUUCAUUGCACAACUUCAGUCUUUUAGAUCAGCUUGUUUUUGUAUCUCUUGCACUUUUUUAAGUGGGACAUUUCACUUGUAAUUACUGUAAGUGUCACAUGAACUUGUUCAACAACCUCAAACCACCACCAGAGGUCUCUAUCUGAUGUUUACUGACAUGAACAUUGAUCUGCAUCACUUCCUGCUUUGCUGGGAUGGCCACUUCCUCAUUUACCACCAGUAUCAAUCGCCAUCUACAGGAGAAACAUUAGAAAAGCAUUUGAGUUUGUUCUUUUCAAGAUCUCUUGUUAUUAAGAUGUAAUUACACCUGUAAUAAAGAAACAGGGGAACAAUAAAC